AAUGAAAUCAUCAAAAAAAUAUUUUCCUUUUAUUCCUAUACAAAUACCUCUUGAAGAGCCGAUAAAAAUUGAAAAUGGGAAUUCCACGUGUGGAAUUUCGAUGAUUAUUAGGCAAAUAAGGCCAACUUGGAAAUUGGAUUAUUGUGAGAUUGAAGUAUUCACUAAUGGAAUUACUAAUAAAAUAUUUUGUGUUUGUAAUGGAGAGGAAAAAGAGGACAAACUUAUUUUUAGAGUGUUUGGUGCUGGGUCUGAUAAAAUAAUUGAUCGAGAAUUUGAAUUAGAAAAUUUUGAAAGACUUUCCAAAAAUGGUCUAGCUGCUCCAGUUUAUGCAAAAUUUGAGAAUGGAUUAGUUUAUGGAUAUUUACCUGGUGAAUGUGUUUCGAUUAAAAGUGUUCGAGAACCUUGUAUAGUUGAAAAAAUUAGUAUUUCAUUGUCUUUAAUUCACAAAAUUCCUCUUACUAAAGAAGAACAAAAUCAGCAACCAUUAAUUGAAAUUAAAUUAAAAAAUUGGAUUGAAACUCUUCCAAAUAAAAUAUCCUCAAAAAAGGGGCAACUUUUAUUUGAUGAAUAUUUUGCAAGUUUGUGGGGGGAUAUUAAUAAUUUAAUUAAUAAAAUAAAAAAUUAA